GCUGUCAUAAACAAACUAGAUACCACUUUAUUUUUGUGCAAGCCCAACACGUGACUAUUCACCUUUUUAAUUUUGAAAUAAGAGUACAACUGUUUCCACAAUAACUAUUUCCUAAUUAAUUUUAUUUACUUUUUUCUCAGCACAAUAUCUUCCACUUUUUUCUCCACGAUCCGUAAAUCUUGCCAUCAACUCCAUAUCUUCAACUACCUUUCUUAUAAAAGAUAUGGAAACAAAUCGCAGUAAAAGAAAUCCAGUUUAGUUUUACCACAGGUAUUGCUCUAGCUAUGAGCAAGAUGAAGCUUGCUUUCACUCCUAUUGCUCAGUUACAGGCAGUUACUGAAAACGAAAUCUGGAAAAUUAAGGUUCGAGUUGCCCGUAUGUGGAGAUUUCAGAACGGCGAUAAGACCGGAGAUGUUGGUGGAGUCGAUUUAAUACUUGUGGAUGAUAAGGGAGAUCGUAUACAAGCUUGCAUUAGAGGAAAAUUGAUACCCAAGUUCGAAAAUGAUUUGGGAGAAGGAGAGUGUUGUAUUCUGAUGAAUUUUAAGUUGUCUCCUAAUCUCGGGAAUUACAGAGGAACUGGACAUCCUUUCAAGAUAUUUUUCACUUGGUCAACAUACCUUAAGAAGAAUUGCGAGGAGAUUCCAAACGAUUCACUUCGUUUUGAUUGUGUAUCUUUUGAUGAUCUGCUUUCUCAGAAUUGUGAUGAAAAGGUGUUUGUAGAUGUAAUUGGAGAAAUUGUUGGACCUUGCAAUCUCAAAGAAAUUACUGUUCGUAAUGCUCCAUGUAAAAUAUUGAAUCUUCAACUGAAGAACUGUGGUGAUUCAAUCAUUAAUUGUGUAUUUUGGGAAAAAUAUGCUGAAGAUAUUCAUUCGUAUGUUCAAUCCUUUUCUGGUGGAGCUAUUGUUAUGCUUUGCAGUCUCAUGAGAAUUAACAUUUAUAAUGGAAAAUUCACAAUUCAAAGUGGGAAAUCUUCAACAAAGCUGUUUAUUAAUUCUGACAUUUCUGAGAUAAAUGAAUUCAAAGAAAAAAUGUCAAAAGAUGUUAUAUCUACAACAUCAUGUGGCUCUCAAUUGACUUUGUCAAAUUGUACCCAAGUUUCUUUGGAUCAUAUUCCAUUUGAGAAUCGCAAAACAAUUUCCCAGCUGUUAACAUCAUAUGAGGAAACAAGGUGUUGUAUAUAUGCAACAAUAUGUGCACUUAAAACUGAGGGUCCUUGGUGGUAUCUAGCCUGUCCAGGAUCAGGAUGUGCUAAGAAAGUAAACUACUAUUUGAACCCAGAAACUGAAGAACUAGAAAUGGAUAAGUUCUCAUGUGAAGCAUGCGAGAAAAUUGUUAGUUCUACAAAAACAAGAUAUCAGGUUCAUUGUAAAGUCUUGGAUCAUACAGGAACAGCUUCUUUUCUCAUGUUUGACAGAGAAGUCAUUCAACUAAUUCACAAAUCGGCAUAUGAGUUGUUGGAGCAACAAGUUCAGUUCAACAAUGGGAAUGAAUUACCUCGAGAACUUCUAGCUUUAGAGGGUCGGGAGUUUGUCUUCACAGUGUACAAACCUGAAACAUCCAAGAAUUACACACCAUCUACUUUUAAAGUAGUUAACGUCACAGAUGACCCUGCCAAAAUUUUAAGAUUUCAUAGUGAUGAUGCCAAUGAGAGUGACAUUCCUGCUAUUGGUCCUCAUUUCUCAAACUCCACCGAGACCACUACGAACUUGGUCAAUGAUGUUUUGGAAGAGUCUAACAAUUCUACAAGUGCUUCCACAGAAUCAGCAUCAACUCCAACCACAAAGCGACCAAGUACACUAGCAAUUGAAGAUUGUGUGCCACAACUUUCUUCAAAGAAACUUAAAGGAGAUGUUUCACUUUUAGCUGAAGAAGAUGGACAACUUUCAUCAACAAAAUCAAAACCAAAAGUUGGGUAUGUGACUAAAGAUCACUCUGCAAAACCUUCAUCUACAAAACAGAGAAAAACAGCCAACCUCAUUCCAAAAAAGGAGAAAAACUGAUGAUUUAUCUUCUCUGUUUUUAGUUUCAAGUAUCCACGUUCUCUACUUUUUUAUGUUUUUAUGUACAUGUUUCUUAGGUCUAAGCUUAGUCUACUUCAGGUUUGAAAACAUGCUAUUGUGUUUAUUUCUAGGUUUAUGUAAUUAUUUAUUACUGAUUUUUAUUUCUUCUUAGAUCAGCUGCCUUGGAUUUUUAUUAUAAUUUUUAAACGUUUGUUUUUCUCUAUGUUAAAACUAUAAACAAUUGUUACAGAAAAAUCAAUUCAUGUUGUAUAGUAUAAA